UGGGUUGGAUUUCUUACACAUUUUCCCUGGAGGAGGGCUGGAACAGCAGCAGCUAUUACUGCAGCAAUGACUGAGUAAGCCUACUCAGGAGGAGGAGGAAGAAGAGGAGGAGAUCUGCCCCAAACCCUACAAGCAAGCCUUGCACACUUUUAUUUUUAGGGGUGGGUGGGCUUGGUUUCCUUUUGCCCAACUUGGUGGACCUUUGCAACGGCGGCGUGGACCUUCUCACCAUGAGUGGAUCCUUUGAUAAGAAGAUCACCAGUAUUUUGACGGACAUCUCCAGCUCCCUGAGUUGCCAUGUGGCCACCAAGGACUCCCCUACGCUCCCCGAGUCGUCCAUCACGGAUCUGGGUUACUACAGCACCCCACAUAACCAGCACGAGUAUUAUCCCAGCCAAACGUACACCCAGCCGAUGAACCAUUAUGCGUACCACCCCCAAUUUAACCUCAAUGGGAUUGGGGGUGCUGGGACGUACUCCCCAAAAUCUGAUUACCCCUACAGCGCUUCCUACAGGCCGUAUGGAUCUUUCCGGGAUCAGCCAUUGCCCAGUCAAGAAACAGUCUCAGUGAAGGAAGAACCCGAGCCAGAAGUGCGGAUGGUCAACGGGAAGCCCAAAAAGAUCCGAAAGCCGCGCACGAUCUACUCGAGUUACCAGCUGGCUGCCUUGCAGAGGAGAUUCCAAAAGGCGCAGUACCUGGCGCUGCCAGAGAGGGCAGAGUUGGCCGCGCAGCUUGGACUGACCCAGACUCAGGUGAAAAUCUGGUUCCAGAACCGAAGGUCCAAGUUCAAGAAACUGUACAAGAACGGAGAGGUCCCCUUGGAACACAGCCCCAAUAACAGUGACUCCAUGGCUUGCAAUUCUCCGCCAUCUCCCACCCUCUGGGACAGUAACACCCACAACAACAACAGCAGCAGCAACAACAACAACAACCCAGCCGGCCGGAGCCAGCUCCCGCAGCCACUCUCCUACAACUCCCCACCAAGCUACCUGGAGGAGCACAGCCCCUGGUACCAUCAUCAGAACCUGAGCGGGCCUCACUUACAGCAAGGACCUCCUCCCACUCCUGGCUCUAUGCAUCACCCAUCUCCAGGGCCUCCUCCCAAUCCUGGAGCGGUAUAUUAACCUCCUUUGCCUCCUUGAUGAAACCAGUGGAGCAGGAAAAAAGGAAUGAAGGAGAGAGAGGAGGGAGACAGGGAGAACAGACAGACAGCGACAAGUCAAAACUCUUUGAUGUGUUUUGCAGGACAUGUACACAUUCCAUCCCAUCUCAGGAACAACUGAGCUGCAGUAAAGGCUAAGACUUUUGAGAGACCAUCUAAAAACAAGGGAAAGGUGGGCGGGAGGGAGGGAGAAAAGCUCAUAGUCCAUGUUGUAUCUCAGCCAAAUUGGUUUCACCCGCCCUACAUGACCAACCUCCUCAACUUCCUGCGUGGUUUAUCUGUAGGCAAUUCUCUAUCAUCAUCAUCAUCGUCACCACCACCACCGCCAGCUUCAGUCAGAAGGCUCUCUGCUUGGUUGGAGAGAAGCCCAGCGUCACACACAGCACCGCCCCAGCUUCCCGAGAAGAAAGUAUACAACUGGUUUUCUUUACCUUCCUCUUGUUUUGUUGAUUCUGUGUUGUUUGCUCACUUUCCCAAGCAAAGUGAUUCAGAGAGGGAUCUCCUUGGAGAGCUCUGAAGGAUCUGGCAAGGUUUCAAAGUCCAAUCGGUGUCAUUUAUGACAGGAGCAGGAUUUCUGUUGUUACUCGUCCAUUCAUUUGGGGGAUGUGGGCAGUCUAACGAACCCACCUCUCUCUAUUCCUACAUGACCUCCCAGAAAUAAUAUCCAGCUAGAGUUUUUUUUCUUUUAAUUUAAGGAACAUUUAAGAGAUGUUGGGGGCAAGUAAACAUUGUCACAGCUAUAAAAAAACACACACACAUAUUUAAUAAAUUUAGGAUGAAAGCCAAUUCCUUAGAAAUACGCAUGACUGUUUUACAAAACUGGGCAGCAUAUGGCAGGUGUGGCGAACCUUUGGCUCUCCAGGUGUUGCUGAACUACAACUCCCAUCAUCCCUGGGCACUGGUCAUGCUUGCUGGGAGUGAUGGGAACUGUAGUUCAGCAACAUCCGAAAGGUCAAAGGUUCCCCCUCCAGGUGUGCAGUGUUAACAUAGUGCUGGCGAGCUUGUGGUCAAAGAGAACAGGGGGAAAGUUCAGAGAGUUGUGAUGGAAAGGACCAAUUCUGAUCUCACUAGUGGCUAUUUCAGGUUUACUCCAGGAGCCCUCUGGAUUAGGAAAGCCAAACAGGUGGGGCUUAGACCCAGUUCUUCAACUGGGAAUAAACUGAGGAUAAAAAUCCCAAUGCAGGAAGAAAAGUUCUGAUCCCAGGAACAUUAGUCCAGGUUUAAUAUGGACCAACAUGGAGCUGGAAGGGACCGCAAGAGUCAUCUAUCUAGUCCAACCCCCCGCAAUGCAGGAAUCUUUUGCCUGUUGUGGGGCUCGAACUCUCGACCCUGAGAUUAAGAGUCUCAUGCUCUAACCAACUGAGCUAUCCCUGACAGAACUAUUUGCCAUGGGGUGUGCGUGAAAGAUUCCGAUCUCCUUUAUGACACUGCCCACUACCUCCUUUUUUGAACUAAAGUUACGCUAGAGGGCAUUCAUCUUACACGGGAUUGGAAGGACGAAUUUUUGGGUCCUUGCUCUACACCAGUCGGUGUUGUGGAGUGGCAUGGUGGCUGGGAGGAAGGCAUGGGGAAAGGGAACCUGGCCCAAAUCAUCAUGGGUUAUUCCAUGUUUACAUCAAGGUAGGAGAUCGGCGGUGUAAAUCAGUGACAGAGCAACAUGUCUUGUAUUGGGAAAGUCCCAUGGUUGAAUCCUGGCACCUCCAGUUAGUGCUGGGAAUCUCCCCAGUCUGAAACUCUGUUUCAUGGAUAUGGGGAACUAGUGGUCCUCUCGAUGUUGGUUGUGCUAACUGGGGUUGAUGGGAGUCAGAGACAACAGCAUCUUGGUGGAACCCUAAGUUCUGCAUCUCUGUUAAGGACCAAACUGAGUCAGACAGAUCAUUGGUAUAAAACUCAGUACAAAACAGCUUCUGAGUUCCUUUUAGGCUGUCAUAAAAAUGUCUGGGUUUUUUGAAACUUUCCCCCAAAAAGCUCGAUAACUUUCUUUGGGCAAUAUCCCCCCAAAUCUCAACUUUCCCAAAACUUUUUGUUUCUUGAAAUAUGGCAACCCGUAAAGUUCUGUGCCCACUUUCAUAGGAGUCGAUCUCUACUGAACUUAUGUCUUUUGUUUUAUUUUGGUAGACCUGUUUAUUAUUGUGUUCCAAGGGACCAGAUUCUUGUUUCCCCUUCAGCCAAAUAAAACAAACCAAAAUCCCAGAAAAGAAAGAGAAAUCUUAACCCUUUUAGAGAUGCUUCAGAAUUACCCCAAGAAUUAAAUAUUUGGCUUGGGAAUUUAUAUCCCUUGACCUUCACAUUAGGGUUUGUAAGGGGUUGGAUGGCGGAUAAAUGUUUAUUUUAAAAAUUGAGGGAGAUAUUUAAAAUACUAUGGGAAUAAUUUAAGUUAUUGUUAUUUUUGAAAAAGAAAGUGAAAAUUUGUCUUAAGUGUUGCUCUACUUGCAUCAUGUUAAGCUAUUGUCAGAGAGGAAAGCUUAUUUUUUAAAGAAGAAAAAAAAACAAAUCCACCUUGGAUUUUUAAAAAAACAAUAAACCUGGGGGGAGUUGUUAUUUUUUAAACAAAGAGCUGCAAUUUUAAUAAGCAUUCUCUAAUGUUGUACAGUGUCAAGGUUGCUAUUUAUGUCGCCUUGUAUAAUAGAUAAGGAGAGAAAGGUGGGGGGAAUGUAUAUAGGGCUGAUUUGUAUAAAGCUUAUUUUAAAUUUUAAAAGAAGUUUCUUUUUUAUCUUGGCUUGGGGGGGAAGAGCAAGGUGAGAACUUUGCUCGAGCUUCUUUGUGCUUCGGUAGCGAACGGAAACUUUCUCGUAGAAUGUUAAUAAAACAUUUUGAACUUCA